AUGGACUCAGACCGCUUCGACCUCGAAGCCGGCCGAGACCUCAAACUAGGCGAAUUCGCCGACGACCCGACUCUCAACCUCAGCGAAGCCCGCAUCAUCCUCGAAAAAUCCCUCGAAGCCCGCAACAAACGCGCACGCGAAAAGAACCCAAACUCCGACCGUCCAGCAUGGAAAGAUACAGAGACACUCUCCAAAACACGCGAUUACCUUGAAAUCUUUGCCUACUUCAAAGAGAUGGCUGAUGCGGAAACGGCGGAAAGGCUGAUCAACCAGUUUAGUGGGGGUAUGGAGAGGUUCGAGAAGAGUCAGUUGGGGAGUUUAGUGCCGGGGUCGGCGGAUGAGGCGAGGGCGCUGAUACCAAGUUUGGAAAAGAAGGUUGAUGAUGGGUUGGUGGAUGCUGAGGACUUGGAGAAUUUGUGUAGGGAACUGGAUAAGAUUAAGCGGCAGACACAAUUGUUGUGA